AUGAACUCCUACUUAGAUUACCAAAUUUGUAACAGGGGAACUAACAUAUUUAAUGCCAAGUCCGGACUUCACAAUCUAAACCAUGGAUACAUGACGUCUUUAUCCAACAACUCAUGCGCAACAAGUGAUAGCUGGGCCGAUGGGCGGUUGGGAAUUGGUGGUACCUCGGCACCACAUCAGCAUCAGACUUCGAGCCACCUUCUCCACCAGACUCAGUUGCACCAUAUCAAUCUAGAUAUUCAGCUUGCAACAUCAAGAAACUCUAUGUAUGGUGGGCAAGUUGGAUCUACUUUAGACUACGGACAUCACCAAUACGCUCUCAGUCAAGAACAGGAAAGAUUCAUUCCGUUGCCAGGAAUUCCUGUCUCGACAACUGGAACAAACAUGGCUUCUUUGGCCGAGGGAAUUUGUGGUCAAGGAUUUGGUCCGGGGAGCCAGUAUCUCAACUUCAGCAGUGGGGAGUCGGGACAGCAGGACUAUUUGGAAAAUACCUUCUCUAAGUUGCCUUCCCAAGACAAUGAUAUUGAUUUGGAAACUUGCGCAGAGCAAAUCUCCAAAACUUUCGACUGGAUGAAAGUGAAGAGGAAUCCCCCUAAAACAGCGAGCGCAUCUGAAUAUGGAGUCUUGGGUCAACAGAAUGUAAUUCGCACCAACUUCACCACAAAGCAACUGACGGAGCUCGAAAAGGAGUUCCACUUCAACAAAUACCUAACCAGGGCUCGGCGAGUUGAGGUAGCAGAAACUCUCGAACUCAAUGAGACGCAGGUGAAAAUUUGGUUCCAAAACCGAAGGAUGAAACAGAAGAAGCGAGAGAAAGCAGGAACUGUGUUAAUAAACACCAGAGCAGAAUUAAAAGCACCAGUGGAGGACAACGUCUUAAAAGCCAUUACACCUGAUUCGUCGCCAAACUCAAAAACCAAUAACUCUGAACCGUCUUGA